GAGCACCUCGACAAACGAAUUCAUCCAGAAGACGGUUGGAAUUGUAGAACAAGACACGCCGAGAAAAGAUUGGCGCCUUACUGAGACUUGCAUCCGAUCCUCAAUCGCACACAGUUGUCGUUAUUCUAAUCAAGCUGAUCUAGCAAUGUUACGAACCAACUAUUGGAUGGCAUCAGCCGCGUUCUUCCUGAUGAAUGCUGUGCUCUUCUGCCCAGUCAGUUGCAAUGUUUAUCGAACACAUGAUGCCUUUCUAAUCGACGGCGCAGAGACCCGAAACGACGGUGGAUUUUACCAGUCAAGUCAUCUACCGAGCAACACCUUCAUGCUGAAGGAAAAAUCGUGUUUCACGAGGCAUGGCAGUUUUGGCUCCUGCUCACCAAUUCGCGCUUGCUAUACGCUAACGAGGUUGCCCCACGUAAAUCAGCUGGACCUGUGGGCCGUCCUAACUAGCGGCACUUGCCAAUACGCCGAUGAGGAUGGCAAUCAGGUUUACGGAGUCUGUUGUCCCAGACCAACAAUGCAGACUAACAACGGCAACGUACAAGUGCUGGACGGCAGUUUCGGUACUGAAUCCAUCCCGAUGCUGGACCGAAUCAACCCUUACAACAGCCCGUCGUCCAGACCACCGUAUGUUCGUCCGCAGAUAAAUGGCCCACCGAGGCCAACUGACUUCGCAAUCAAUCCGUUCAAUGACACGAGGCAGUCGACCACCUGUGGCGUAGGACCCACUAAAACGCUUAGUUUCGACGAACAGCGCAUCGUUGGAGGAACCAACGCCGCCAAGAAUUCCUGGCCUGGCAUAGUGGCGCUGAGAUCGAACGGCUUCGCCAUCUGCGGUGGAUCUUUGAUUUCCCCGAGCCACGUCCUGACAGCCGCCCAUUGCGUUGACUCGGUGACGCAGUGGAACAUCAAAGAGCUUUCUGUCGACUUGGGCAUGCACAGCUUGGAACCAAGCGACGCGCAGGAAACGAGAGCCGUUCGCAGGGUGACAAUUCACGGCCGAUGGGAUCCCGCCACCAACAACAACGACGUGGCCAUUUUGACUCUGUCGUCGCCAGUGCCUUACGACGCCACCAUUUCGCCCGUCUGUUUGCCGCCGCAAGGUUCCAGCAACCAGUACGUUAGCCGAGAGGCGGCCAUUAUCGGAUGGGGAACGGUGAAAGAAGGUGGAUCUCAGCCGUCCGUCCUACAACAAUCGACCGUCAAAAUCAUAGCCAACGCGAAAUGCAGAUCAAGUUACCCGGACAUUAGCGCCGGCAUGUUAUGCGCCGCCGCUCCUGGCACCGACACUUGCCAGGGUGACAGCGGUGGUCCGCUGCUCGUCCGGCCAUCGCCGAGCUCCCCUUGGACCCAGGUUGGAAUCGUCAGCUACGGUGUCGGUUGUGCCCAACCAGAAUAUCCGGGCGUCUAUGCCAGAGUGACAUUUUACCGCAGCUGGAUCAACAAAUACGCCACUGUCUAAGGUUGCCCUGGCGUAGCAUGUGUCGCGGAACGAGCUGAAACUUUAAAUACGAGUUGGGCUGAACUGCAGAGCGGAUACGAGAGGGGAGUGGUGGAGCCUGCAGUGCAACAGACGAAACAUAAAAAGGGGUUCAAUCGUCCGAUCGUACACUAAUUAUUCAAUAGCGUUUCAUUACCUGUCACCGGAUAUGCGUUUUUCGUCCAUCAAUGCGGCAUUCGAGCAUUGGAAUUGCUCUUGAAUUUCAAUCAAAAACCACAAUUCUGUAAUCAAAUCGGUGAAUUUUGAGAUGCCAAAAAUACACAAAAACAACAGCA